AUGAAGGGGGUUCAUCCAUCAAUAGUCUCUCAUAAACUUAAUGUUUUACCAACAGCGAAACCCAUCCGGCAGAGGGUUAGACGUUUCCACCCGGACAGACAAAAAAUCAUCCGGAAUGAGAUCAACAAACUACUGGAAGCCGGAUUCAUCAAAGAAGUAGAUUAUCCGGACUGGUUGGCAAAUGUAGUAGUGGUACCCAAAAAAGAAGGCAAAUGGCGGGUCUACGUUGACUACACCAACCUCAAUAACGCGUGUCCGAAAGACAAUUUCCCCUUGCCACGAAUAGAUCAAAUUGUGGAUUCCACUGCUGGGCAAGGGAUGCUCUCCUUCCUGGACGCUUUCUCCGGAUAUCACCAAAUCCCCAUGGCCCCGGAUGAUCAAGAGAAGACGGCCUUCAUAACGCCACACGGACUUUAUUGUUACAAAGUCAUGCCAUUUGGUCUCAAAAAUGCUGGCGCUACUUAUCAAAGACUGAUGACAAAAAUAUUCAAACCUCUAAUCGGCCGCACAGUAGAGGUAUAUAUUGAUGAUAUCGUGGUCAAAAGCAAAACCCGAGAGGAGCAUGUCCUCCACUUGCAAGAAGUUUUUCACCUCCUGAGAAAAUUUGACAUGAAGCUAAAUCCUUCUAAAUGCGCCUUUGGGGUAAGUGCUGGAAAAUUCCUGGGAUUUAUGGUCAGUCAAAGGGGGAUAGAGGUUAGCCCAGAUCAAGUAAAGGCAGUCAUAGAAACACCACCCCGGAACAAGAAGGAAUUACAGCGCCUCACGGGCAAGCUUGUCGCCCUAGGGCGUUUUAUAGCCCGUUUCACUGAUGAGCUGCAACCCUUCUUCUUGGCAAUCCGCAAAGCAGGAGCAAGCGGAUGGACAGACAACUGUCAAAACGCUUUCGAAAAAAUUAAGCGGUGCCUCAUGCAACCACCCAUCCUAAGCAGCCCUCUCCCCAGAGAAAAAUUGUAUAUGUACCUGGCUGUCUCAGAGUGGGCAAUUAGCGCUGUCUUAUUCCGCUGCCCAUCGCCCAAAGAGCAGAAACCCAUCUACUACAUCAGCAGAGCGUUAGCAGACGCAGAAACCAGAUAUUCAAAGAUAGAGCUAACGGCCUUAGCUCUUCGGAGUGCCGCCCAGAAACUCCGCCCCUAUUUUCAAGCCCACCCGCUGGUCGUGCUAACUGACCAACCCCUUCGCAACAUUUUGCACAAGCCAGAUUUAACCGGCAGAAUGCUUCAGUGGGCCAUAGAAUUGAGCGAAUUUGGAAUCGAGUUCCAACCCAGAUUGUCCAUAAAAGGCCAAGUGAUGGCUGACUUCGUGCUGGAAUACUCCCGAAGGCCCAUCCAACACGAGGAGCCAAGCGAAAAACAAUGGUGGACUUUGCGGGUUGAUGGGGCCUCCCGGUCGUCCGGAUCCGGGGUAGGACUCCUGUUGCAAUCCCCAACCGGAGAAUAUUUGGAGCAAGCCAUCCGGCUGGGAUUCCCCGCCUCUAACAAUGAAGCAGAAUAUGAAGCCAUUUUAGCCGGAUUGGACCUCGCUCUGGCUCUAUCCAUCUCAAAACUCCGAAUUUAUAGUGAUUCCCAACUUGUGGUAAGACAUGUUCAGAAAGAAUAUGAAGCCAAGGAUGCACACAUGGCGCAAUACUUAAACAAAGUAAGGGACACCUUGCAGCGAUUCGCUGAAUGGACGGUUGAGAAAAUCAGGCGGACUGAAAACUCGCGUGCCGACGCCCUAGCAGGCAUAGCCGCUUCUCUUCCCAUCAAAGAAGUUAUACUAUUGCCUAUAUAUGUACAAGCUAAGUCUUCCGUCAUUGAAACCUCCACUUGCCAUACCAUUGAGGAAAGCAAAACAGACGACAAAGGCUGGAUGAAAGCCAUCAUCGAGUAUCUCCGGACAGGCACCCUGCCCGAAGAAACUAAGCAAGCACACAAGAUCCGGGUGCAAGCCGCCCGCUUCACCCUAAUAGAGGAGCAUCUGUACAAGCGAUCCUUUACAGGUCCCUACCUCAGAUGUCUAAAUCAUUCAGAGGUGUCGUACGUAUUAGCUGAAUUGCACGAAGGAGUAUGUGGAAAUCAUGCCGGAAGUCGGUUUCUGGCGCACAGGGCCCAUUCACAAGGUUAUUACUGGCCCACGAUGAAAAAGGAUGCGGCGGCAUAUGUUAAAAAAUGUGACAAGUGUCAAAGGCAUGCCCCCAUUCCACACAUGCCGUCAGGAGAAUUGAAAACAAUCUCAGGACCCUGGCCCUUCGCACAAUGGGGCAUGGACAUAGUAGGACCUCUACCAGCCGCACCCGCCCAGAAAAAAUUCCUGCUUGUAGCCACGGAUUACUUCACUAAAUGGGUAGAAGCCGAAGCCUAUGCCAGCAUCAAAGAUAAAGAUGUUACCAGAUUCGUAUGGAAAAACAUCAUCUGCCGCUUUGGAAUCCCCCAGACCAUCAUAGCAGACAAUGGCCCACAGUUUGAUAGUAUCGCAUUCCGGAAUUUUUGUUCAGAACUAAACAUCCGGAACUCAUACUCUACGCCACGAUAUCCCCAAAGCAAUGGUCAAGCGGAGGCCACAAACAAAACACUAAUCACUGCCUUGAAGAAAAGACUCGAGCAAGCCAAAGGAAAGUGGGUGGAGGAGCUACCCGGCGUCCUGUGGGCUUAUCGAACCACACCCGGACGACCAACAGGAAACACUCCCUUCGCCCUCGCAUACGGUAUGGACGCAAUCAUUCCUACUGAAAUAGGCUUACCCACUAUCCGGACCGAGGUAGGAAGGGAGAAUGAUGCAGAUACAGAGUUAGGAAGAAACUUAGACUGGGCGGAUGAAGUAAGAGAAACUGCAGCCAUCCGGAUGGCAGAUUACCAACAAAGGGCAUCAGCUCACUACAAUCGCAAAGUAAGGCCCAGAAGCUUCAAAAAUGGUACGCUGGUCCUUAGAAAAGUUUUUGAAAAUACUGCUGACUUAAGAUCAGGAAAAUUCCAAGCCAACUGGGAAGGCCCCUACAUAGUGUCUAAAGCAAGUGAAAGUGGAGCCUAUCAUCUACAAGAGCUAGAUGGAACCCCGUUGCAGCGACCAUGGAAUGUAUCUAAUCUAAAGCAGUACUACCAAUAA